AUGUGUACUUUUGGUGUCAGAAGCAAAGAUGCUGGAGCUUAUGACUUGGGAGAAUUGGAUCAAGCCCUUUUUCUCUAUCUUGAUGGACAAGACCCUUCCACUGUUACUCAAGACCAAAGACAGAGUGGUGCAGGAAUGAGACCUCCAACUUUAAAUAUUUUCCCAUCUCAGCCUAUGCACGUAGAGCCACCAUCAACCAAGGCUAAUACUACUAAUGCUACUGGAUUAGUUUCUUCCGCAACUGGUGGUUCAAAGAGACCAUCAGAACCGUCGAUGGAGUUGGCUAAUACAAGAAAUGAUUCUGCACCUGUUCCUGAACCAGCUAAAGCUAUCAAGCGCGAAGGGAAUCGUAAAGGUCCAACAACAUCAAGUUCGGAGCAGGAAGGAUCCAAGACACCAGACCCUAAGACCUUGAGGAGGCUUGCUCAGAAUAGAGAGGCAGCGAGGAAAAGCAGGCUAAGGAAAAAAGCUUAUGUUCAGCAGCUAGAGUCAAGCAGGAUUAAACUUACCCAAUUGGAACAAGAGCUACAAAGGGCCCGAGCUCAAGGCGUAUUACUUGGUGGAGGAGGUCUUUUAGGAGAACAAGGCCUUCCUGUUGGUAUCACCAAUAUUAGCUCAGAUGCUGCGUUUUUUGACAUGGAGUAUGCAAGAUGGCUUGAGGAGCACCAUCGCCUAAUGUGCGAGCUUCGAGCAGCAGUACAAGAGCAUAUACCUGAAAAUGAGCUUAGGCUCUUUGUUGACAACUGCUUGGCACAUUAUGACGAGAUGAUGAAUCUCAAAAGCAUGGUUGCCAAGACCGAUGUCUUCCAUCUUGUUUCUGGCAUGUGGAAGACUCCGGCUGAGCGGUGCUUCAUGUGGAUGGGAGGUUUCCGCCCAUCUGAGCUCAUCAAGAUAAUAGUGAGUCAAAUUGAGCCAUUAACGGAGCAACAAAUCUUGGGAAUAUGUGGUUUGCAACAAUCGACACAAGAAAACGAAGAUGCACUCUCUCAAGGACAUGAAGCUCUCAAUCAAUCUCUUUCAGAUACCAUAGCUUCGGAAUCAUUGAGCUGUCCUCCUAAUAUGGCUAACUACAUGGGCCAAAUGGCUGUAGCAAUGAACAAGCUCUCCACUGUUGAAGGAUUUGUUAGACAGGCAGAUAAUCUGAGGCACCAAACAAUCCACCGGCUGCAUCAAUUACUCACAACCCGUCAAGCUGCAAGGUGUUUGCUUGCUAUCGCCGAGUACUUCCAUCGUCUUCGAGCUCUCAGCUCUCUCUGGUUGGCUCGUCCCCGGCAAGAAUGA